UGUUGCGCAUGCGCUUUGAUUUUAAGAUAUCUUUCUUCUUCCUUGUGAUUGUGUCGUUAGUGGUGUGGAAGCCGCUUUCAUUUGCGUCUUUUGAGUGCAUUCAAGUAUCACAAGUUUCGUAGUACCUUGAAUUUCCUUGUACUUGAAUAAUUAGUAUUAAUAAAAUAACAUUGUAAUAGAGUAGAUAAAAAUUGAAAAGAAACUGAAUAUGGGUCGUUACAGAAGUCGUAGCCGUGAUAGAGAUAGGAGACGUAGAUCUCGCAGUAGAUCUCGUAGUAGAUCACCAAGAGAUAGAAGAAACUGGGGUAGUAGUGGAGGCAGAGAUCGAGGAGGUGGCAGAAAUAACCGUGGUCAACCUGGAGCAAACUUAAGGAAACCCAGAUGGGAUUUGAGUAGAUUAGAACCCUUUAAAAAAGACUUUUAUAUACCACAUGACGCAGUUCAGAAUCGUGAUCCACGUAUAGUUGAACAAUACAGAAGUGAAAAAGAAAUUACGUUGAAAGGAAAAAACAUACCUAAUCCUGUAUUUACAUUUGAAGAAACAGGUUUUCCAGACUAUGUUUUAAAAGAAAUAAAGCGCCAAGGUUUUACAGAGCCUACAUCGAUACAAGCACAAGGUUGGCCAAUUGCUUUAAGUGGUAGGGACAUGGUUGGAAUUGCAUCAACUGGUUCUGGAAAGACAUUGUCCUAUAUAUUGCCUGCAAUUGUUCAUAUUAAUAGUCAACCUAAAUUAGGCAGAAAAGAUGGACCUAUUGCAUUGGUAUUAGCUCCUACUCGAGAACUUGCACAACAAAUACAGCAAGUUGCUGAUGACUUUGGUCAUACUUCAGGCAUUAGAAAUACCUGCCUAUAUGGUGGAGCACCUAAAGGUGCCCAAGCUAGAGAUUUGGACGGGGGCGUAGAAAUUGUGAUAGCUACGCCUGGUAGAUUAUUAGAUUUUCUUGAAUCGGGUCGUACGAAUUUAAAACGGUGUACCUAUUUGGUACUAGAUGAAGCAGAUAGAAUGUUAGAUAUGGGAUUUGAACCUCAAAUUAGAAAAAUCAUAGAGCAAAUUAGGCCAGAUAGACAAACAUUAAUGUGGUCUGCUACAUGGCCUAAAGAAGUAAAGAAUUUAGCUGAAGAUUUUCUGAAAGAUUAUGCUCAAAUAAAUGUUGGAUCUCUACAGUUAGCAGCAAAUCAUAAUAUAUUACAAAUCAUUGAUGUAUGUCAAGAUUACGAAAAAGAGAAUAAAUUAAGCACACUUUUAAAAGAAAUAAUGGCUGAAAGUGAAAAUAAAACUAUAGUAUUUAUUGAAACAAAACGUAGAGUGGAUGAAAUAACCAGAAAAAUGAAGAGAGAUGGUUGGCCAGCUGUUUGUAUACACGGUGAUAAGACACAGCAAGAAAGAGAUUGGGUUUUACAAGAUUUCAGAUCGGGGAAAGCACCAAUUCUUGUUGCAACAGAUGUUGCUGCUCGUGGUCUUGACGUUGAAGACGUCAAGUUUGUCAUCAAUUUUGAUUAUCCCUCCUGUUCGGAAGAUUAUGUUCAUCGAAUCGGUCGGACAGGUCGUCGGCAAAAAACUGGUACAGCAUAUACCUUUUUUACACCUAAUAAUUCCAAUAAGGCUAACGACCUGAUCCAGGUAUUAAAAGAAGCGAAUCAAGUUAUAAAUCCCAAAUUACUGGAACUUGCCGAUAACAAGAGUGGUGGAUACGGCAGGCACAGAGGCGGAAGAAAUAGAUGGCGGUCUCGAGGCGGUCGUAACGGUAAAGAUCGCAGUUAUUCAAGAAGUAGAAGCAGAAGUCAUAGUAGGGAACACAACGGACGUGGUAAUCGUCGGAGUUACAGUCGGAGUUAUUCCCGAAGUCGUAGUCCAGUGAGCAAUCGUACAGGUAAGUAAUGAAAAUCAAUGUGUUUACAGAAGUUAUCGGUAAGAGUUACUGGAGCAGCGAAAGAUGAUCUUCCACGAGUGACUAAGGACCAACAGUUGCGUACAAUUCAUGUUCUUUUUUUUACAUCUCUUUUAAAGUAUACGGGAUACAUGUCGUACAGAUUGUAACAUCGGUAUUCCGAUUUAACAUGAACGUCGAACAUAACGCGUGUCAGUUUUGUGCACUGUAGCUAAUUUAUAGAAACCUGAAGAAUAAAUGUUUCCGAUGUGAACAUAAUCCUAAGAAUUAAAAAUGAAAAGUACUAGGGUUAAUUGAAUGCAAUGUUGAUUUUACACGAUCGAUACCCAGAAAUCAAAAAUAUCAUCGCGCAAAUAUGAUUCUCAUCUCAAUUGUGAUACGAAAUAUGUUUUUGUAUCGAUGUUCUGGAAUAUUUCUAUAUAUUUAUAGAAUAUUGUUUUAAUCACCAUUAAGCUUCGAUAUAACAAUUAUGUAUAGCAUAAGCGUGGUCAAGUUAUAAUAUUCACGUACUACAUCACAUAAAUAUUUUGUAACGACAUUGCAACAUUCGAUACUACGAGAUAAGUCUACGUGUAAGUGACCGUGUGAGUUUAAUUAGCAGAUAAAUCAAUUAAAAAUCCAUUACAGAAACGUCUCGCAAUUUGUAGUUUGUAAUAAAUUGUAGACAUCUAGUGCUUACUAGCAAUUCGUACAUGAGCAUUUAAAACCGAUAGAAUAAUGUACAGUAUUUAACAAAAAUGUAAUAAAUAAAUUUAUUAACUAUUUAGGAAACA